CCUGGCAACAUUCGAUGUGGGUAUAUAGCUGUGGGUAUUGGCAAAAUCUGCUAUUGAUAAGUGGGAUGGACGAUUAUCGCCGGCGACUUCUUGUUUUUGUUAUUGCUUUGGACUUGCGCCUCCGAUUUACGUCCGAUCCGAGCUGAUUAUGCAGCCUGGACAGGAGAGCGAAAUCUCCAGAAUUCAGUUCGAAUUUUGCGAUCCGAGGUGGAGCGUGUGCGGUCACUCGAGCCAAUUCAAUCAUCUCCAACAGCAACGAAUCGGAAUAUAUUUAUAUAUACCCAUAUAGCCAUUAUCAGCGAUCAUCGACUUUACAACGUAAUUCAUCUAAAUCAAUUGAGAAGUGAUCUUUGUAGACUUUAUAGGUCAACCAGAGCAAGCCCAAAAUGGCCCUGUCCAAGAUCGACUCCGAGAUCGAGCAGGUGGACCAGGAGAAGUACCUGCGCCAAGCCACCAGCUACUAUCAGGCGCUGGAGAAACCGCUGAAGUACGGACCCGCGGUGGAUUCCCUAUCGGACUUGGUGGCCGCCCUUCACCGGGAGUUCGAGUCCAACUAUGUUAACAUCGAGAUGGUGAAUCACCUUAUGCUCAGCUACAAGUCCAAUCCCCGCGAGUGGCGCAAGUAUGCCAAGUUCGAUCGUUACACCUACACGCGGAAUCUUGUCGAUGCGGGCAAUGGAAAAUUCAAUCUACUGAUUCUGUGCUGGGGCGAAGGACACGGCUCCUCGGUGCACGACCAUGCCGACUCCCACUGCUUUAUGAAGAUGCUGAAGGGGGAUCUGCGCGAGAAGCGCUAUGAGUACCCCAAUAGAUCUGCCAGGGACAAUGGCCGGUCCCAUCAUCCUGAUGGCGAGAUCGACAGCCGCGAGCUGGUGGAGAUUGGCGAGACACCAAUCGCCGUCAACGAUGUGGCCUACAUAAAUGACAAUCUUGGCUUGCAUCGCGUGGAGAACCCCAGCCAUUCGGACACCUCUGUGUCGCUUCACCUGUACUGUCCACCCUUCGACACGUGCUCCGUGUUCCAGGACAACCUGAAGAAGACCACCGCCAAGGUGACCUUCUGGAGCAAGUACGGCGUAAGGACGAAGCAGAACGAGCAGUAGAUCCAGCCAGAUCCCCAAAUAUAGCCACUCGUAUUGUUGCAUAUUACUAAGAAUCUUUAUUACUAGAUAUUUAAUGAGCUAGGGCCCAAGAAGAUCCGGGAGUUAAGCAAUCAAGCAUGGAGAGCAAGGGCCACGUUGGCGCUGAUAAGUACUCAUUCCAUAAGCUAUCCCGGAUCACAGUUCCGAUUAGUGUAAUUUAAGUGUUAGCUGUACCAAAAAUAUUCAAUAAAUAAGUGAACCAUUGACAACUCCUUGAA